AUGUCACAGACAAACGAGAUAUGCCUUACGAGGUUAAGUGGCUCAGAACUGCCUUCUCCAGCCGACACAAUCUACCCUGGGCCGAUAGAAGAAGCAGCCAGAAUCGAGGUUAUCUCAAUGCUGCCUGCAGUGGUGGAAAGGCCGGCCCAUGCUUUAUCAAAGCAGCGAACUAUAACUGCUAUUGCGACGCUUUCAACAGUGAGUUUCUUAAGUAGCCUAAGUACUGGCCUCUUAACCAUUGGCCUUCCACGUAUGGCAGUGGAGAUUGGGUUGCCGGACUAUCUGAUUGCAUGGCCGUCAUCUGUAUAUACGUUGGCGAGCGGAUCUUGUUUAAUCAUCGCCGGGUCCAUCGCAGACGUUGUUGGCAAUCGUAUUGUCAAUACAAUGGGCUGCUUCUUGGUCGGCUGCUUCAUCAUAGCAUGCGCCGUUGCUAGAACUGGCAUCGAGUUGAUCAUGUUCCGUGCCUUUCAAGGCAUCGCUGUGUCACUUUGUCUCCCGACUUCUGUUGCCAUUGUUGCUAGCAUUACGACCAGCGGCCGCCAGCGAAAUAUUGGAUUUUCUUGCUUGGGUUUUGUGCAGCCCAUCGGUUUUUCUCUUGGCUUGGUCCUCGGCGGAGUGCUUCAGGAUACAGCGGGGUGGAGAGUGGGAUGGUAUAUAUGCGGCGGCUUAACAAUAGCUCUGUUCUUCAUCAGCUUGUGGGCAUUGCCGGUGGAUGAAAAGAUUGAAGGCACAGUCUUGUUGAGGCUGCGGAGAGACGUUGACUGGAUUGGUGCAAUCCUAUCUUCCGCCUCUCUAGCACUCCUCUCUUAUGUCCUUGGAACAUUCACCACCGUAUGCCUCUUGGUUAUUUUCUCUUACGCUGUUGUCAACGCCAUGGAGUUUUUCUGCAGUCUGUUCUUUCAAAACGUCCAGCAACUCUCUGCGCUUCAGGCAUCCUUGCGUAUCCUCCCGAGUCUCAUCGUAGGGGCGCUAGUACAGGUUUCAACUGGUUUACUGAUUCACAGAGUUCCUGCUUUUUACCUUCUCCUCGUAUCCAUGAUACUGAGCGCCGGGGCACCGCUACUGAUGGCGACCAUAAGUAUACACCAGCCGUAUUGGUUCAAUGCGUUCUUCGCCCAGCUGGUUUCUCCAGUCAGCGCAGAUAUACUCUUCACUGUCGGUUUACUUGUUGUGUCUGAGGUAUUUCCAGCCCGCAUGCAGGCAUUAGCAGGAGCUGUUUUCAACACAGUUGCUCAAUUCGGCACUUCAGUUGGUCUGACUAUCAUGGCCGUUAUUGCAGCCUCCAUCACAGACCGCUCUAAAAUACAUGACAAAAACUCCCCAGAUGCACUCAUGUCCGGGUAUCGUGCGAGCUUCUGGGCUGCUUUUACCUGGAUGGGUUUGGCGUGUGUGAUUGGUGCCUGCGGGCUGCGGAAGAUUGGAAUGGUUGGGCUAAAAAGAGACUAA